AUGACAACUUAGAUAAAAAAACUAUCAAAAUUAGAUCAUACAGUACCAAUUUAUUCUCCUCGUACAACUUAUAAAUAGAUUUUACAUACUGAUGAAACAUUAUUGGCUGAUCUUACUCUUAAUUUUGAUCCAUUCACUAUUAAUGUUUUAAGAACAGAAUUUUUAAUGCGACAUGGAUCUAUGGAGGUGACAGAAUUCAUUUUAGUUGUCAAGGAACAUUUAUUAAGUUGGCAAUUAGAAAUCUCAAAUAGAGAUAUUAAGUUAAUUAGGUAUUUGAUAUUAUAAUAAGAUAACUUGUUAAUCUUUUUGAAGAGAUUGAUUUAAAUGGUAAUGGGAAUUUAGAAUGGGAAGAAUUCACAAACUACAUUAUUGAAAAAGCAACAGUGUUAAAUAAUAUUAAGUCUAAAUAAGAUGAAAUCAAACUAUACACAAAAUCUAAUAUGAAACCAUUCAAAAAAUUCACAUAAAUCAUUACUAGGGUAAUUUACAUAAAGGAAAUAGAUAAAAUAGCAUUUUUUGAGGAAGGAAGUGAUGAAAUUUAAUUUAUGACUCCUGAUGGUGGAUUUGGCUUAAAGCCAUUAAAAAUUGUACCUAUUAGUGACAAAGUUGUGACAACACAAGCAAAAAAAGAUAAAGAUAAACAAAAUGUAUAUAAACUUAAUUCAGAACUAGUUUGUUAUUGUUAAAAAAGAAGACACAAUAGAAAAAAAGACAUAAAUUUUGGCAAUGCUCUACAUUGAUGACCCUAAAUAUCAAAUAUUAUUGACUUCAACCCAUGAUGGCUAUGUAAGAGGGUGGAGAUAUUAAUCUUCAGGAUUUGUUUAGGCCAAUUAACCUGAUAAUGAUGAAGAAAUGAUAGAACAUCAUUUUAAUAAUGACAUAUAUAGUAUGACUUGGGAUGGGAUAAAUGAAAUUUUGUAUUGUGGUUAAAAAGAAGGCUAAAUUAAUAUAUGGAAUUUGAAAA